AUGAGGUUCUUCCAGGUGGACAGCCUCUUCUUGNCAUCUUGCUUUGGAUGGGCAGACACCGUUAAAGAGGCUACAGAUCUUCCGUGGUUUUAUAGAAUCAAUAACAUAAGUGACGGAUUUUUGAGGGAACGCGAUGCUGAUCACUUACGACAAAUUCAUCGUGCUGGCAGAGACGUAGCUCACAUUUCGGUUUGUGAACCAGGAUAUUCAAGUUUUUCCUGUGAUGGAGAUAAUCAAUGGGUUGGAGGAAUUGGACCGGCUGUGGAUGUACCCGGUGAACCCCUAGCACUUCGCUGCUGUCAAUACAACGCAUCAUUGAAGGCUACUGAAAGAGGUGUUACAAAAGUUCAUUCGAAUGAAAUUGUGAAUGGCGGUGAGGUAUUGAAGGAUGAUCGCCAAUAUGCAUUUGAUUACAUCGCUAACAUACAACCGUCCAUAGCAAAGAACGGAAGGUGA